CGCUCAGAUCUGUGGGCAAUCAAUAUAAACAGUGGACACAGUGGAGUUUUUCAGUCUUGAGUAGAGUGUGAUAUUGAAGAGCUGCUGCAAGCAUUGUUCAUUCGGCUAUUCACAAUGAAGUUUUCUGUUCUCCACGUACUGCCCAGAAGACCGAGGAAGACUAAAGAGGAAAUGGGUGCGGUCGGACACGACCCGGUGACAGCGACUGUUCUAUCACCUGUAAUGGAGGGCAGUGCCAAAACAGUACAUGGGAGGUUUAGGCAUAAACUGAAGAUGCCCCAAAUACUAGGCUUUGUGCCAAGACCACGAAGCCCCAAACCCAUAGUGGAGAGCAAUCCACCUCAAACAGAGGCGGUUUUGGACUUUAUGGGGAACCUGAAGGAAAAUCGCUUGGUGGAGGCUUGCCAGCAGUUGCUCUUGCGAGAGGACAAGCUAUUUGGCCAAGAAACCAUGACGGUAGAGGGGUUGGUUCAGGUUUGCAACGAGGACGAUAAAGACACGCUCCAAAAAGACUAUGAAACCCUGCUGCUCCACUUAUGGAUGGCAGUUCACACCACCUUUAAUUCCACACCCUCAGGAGAACACCUAGAGAUACUUCGGAGUGCGGUGGAAACCAUAACGCUGCUGGAAGAGAAGGACCAGCAAUGGGAAGGGCGGCCCGAGGGCAGCAGCGAGGCCCCCGUGUGGCGGCCACACCAGUGCCGGCACACCCACGACACCCUGCUUGAAAAAAUGGUGGAUUCUCAAAUGAGGAAUGCGACAGUGGAGGAGGACAAUCUUAGCGUUAGCAGUGUGGACAACCUGUCAACGUCCAUGAAAAGGGAGGUAUGUAGGAUGGGCAAGCGUCUGAAGGAGGACGUUCUCAGAGUGGCCAGGGACAUAAGGGACUGCUACCCCCCAGACUUUGACAUGUGCAACUUGUAUGUGAGACUUUACCAUCAGAAGUUCUCAGCAAGGUUAACAGAACUGGCCCGCUCUGGGCUCGAUGUGGAUGACUGUAACUACCUCCUCUGCUGGGUGAACAAUUACUAUCCAAAUGACAUCUUAAAACACAAAGACCUUGAGGGGCACAUCAACAUGGAGUCUUUGGGAACUCUUUUAUCUGAGAAGGAUCUCACAACAUUGGAGGAGCAGUAUCUACUACAAAAAGAGAGUAGAGUCAGGACCUGGUUCUCCAAGGCUCUCAGUAAGGAGGAGGAGGGUUGGCUCAGUGGAAAGAGUCCAGAACUCAUUGACGGGUACUGCUUCUGUCCUCUGGCCAUUGACAUCAUACAGGCUGUUGAUGGGGCCAUGAGAGAGGCCAGGACUAUUCUGGGCAGUGAGGCUAAAGCCCAGAGAAUCCUUUGUCAGCUGGACAGCUUCUUGAUGAGCUAUAAGAGAUCUCUUGAAGAAUUUGUGAAGGCAAGACGGGAGAACACUCAGGCAGUCGUGAAAGCUAACUUGGUUAACAUUGAACAAUUCAGAGACUUCAUAGUGAGAAGAGAGGAGUCAAUCCCAGAAGAGAUCCGGACAAGCUGUAUGUCCACAUUGGCAGACCUGAGAGACUGUGGCUACGGAUACUUCACCGGCCCCAUACAUGAGGAGCUCAGGGUGCAGUACCAUAGGCUGUGGACGCAGGCCUGGUUUACUGGGGGUCAGAUGGUACUGGAUGAAGUUCUGGGGACACUGGACAGACACAUGCAGCAAUUCACAGACCUCAAACCCAUCUGUGUGGAGGAGCUGCUGGGCCGGCUGCACAUGGAGAUGAUGGUGGAGUAUGUGAAGAGGAUGAUGAAGAGGAAGAUGAGGCUGAAGGACAAGGAGCAGCAGGAGGCAGCAGCCAAGUUACUGGCUGAAGACAGCAGCAAACUGAGUACCUACUUUACUGAAGCAGGGUCCAAAAUAAGCUGGCUGAAUGAGGUCCUCCCUAAAAUGGCGGAGGUGGUCAGACUGCAGGACCCAGGAAGCAUCCAGCUGGAGAUCGUCACCCUGGCUAGGGACUUCCCAGACCUUAGUUGGAGACAUAUUUCGGCUCUGCUUUCCCUCAAAGCCAACCUAUCCACUGCUGAUAUCCGCGGCAUCAAAGAGAGCCUGGUAGAGAACCGUCCUUCAGUCACCUCCUCCAAUACCAUCCCACCAUUCUUUUCCAAGGUUCCAGCAGGCAAAUUUUGGCACAUGCCAUCUUAAUUGUGUUAUUGUCUUGUUGUAAACUGUUUUUCUGGUUGAGACGACGUCAUAUAUCCAGAUUACAACUAACUGGUCUCUGUUAUCAAAUCAAAUGUAUUGGUCACACACAUAUUUAGCAGAUGUUAUUGCAAAGCUGUCAUCAAGGCAAAGCUGUCAUCAAGGCAACAGGGGGCUACUUUGAAGAAUUUAAUAUGUAAAAUAUGUUGAUUUGUUGAACAUAUUUUUGGUUAGUACAUGAUUCCAUAUGUGUUAUUUCAUAGUUUUGAUGUCUUCACUAUUAUUCGAUAAUGUAGAAAAUAGUACAAAUACAGUGCCUUGCAAAAGUAUUCACCCCGUUGAUAUUUUUUUUGCAUUCCAACAUGUAAUUUAAAUGGAUUUUUAUUUGAUUUAAUGUAAUGGACAGACACAAAAUAGUCCAAAUUGGUGAAGUGGAAUGAAAAUAAUUACUUGUUUCAACAACAUCCAAAUUUUUUUUUUUUAAACAAUAGAAAAGGGGUGCGUGCAUGUGUAUUGACCCCCUUUGGUAUGAAGCCCCUAAAUAAGACCUGGUGCAACCAAUUACCUUCAGAAGUCACAUAAUUAGUUAGAUUGCACACAGGUGGACUUUAUUUAAGUGUCACAUGAUCUAAGUAUAUUUUCACCUGUUCUGAAAGGCCCCAGGGUCUGCAACACCACUAAGCAAGCGGCACCAUGAAGACCAAGGAGCUCUCCAAACAGGUCAGAGAAGUACAGAUUAGGGUUGGGUUAUAAAGAAAUAUCAGAAACAUUGAACAUCCCACGGGGCACCAAUAAAUCCAUCAUAAAAUAAUUGAAAGAAUAUGGCACCACAACAAACCUGCCAAGAGAGGGCUGCCCACCAAAACUCACGGACCAGGCAAGGAAGGCAUAAAUCAGAGGCAAAAAAAGAGACCCAAGAUAACCCUGAAGGAGCUGCAAAGCUCCACAGCUGAAAUUGGAGUAUCUGUCCAUAGGACCACUUUAAGCCGAACAUUCCACAGAGCUGGGCUUUACGGAAGAGUGGCCAGAAAAAAGCCAUUUCUUAAAGAAAAAAUUAGCAAACACGUUUGGUGUUCACCGAAAGGCAGCUGGGAGACUCCCCAAACAUUGAAGAAGAUACUCUGGUCAGAUGAGACUAAAAUGGAUCUUUUUGGCCAUCAAGGAAAACCCGAUGUCUGGCGCGAACCCACCACCUCUCAUCACCCCGAGAAUACCAUCCCCACAGUGAUGCGUGGUGGCAGCAUCAUGCUGUGGGGAUGUUUUUCAUCGGCAGGGACUGGGAAACUGGUCAGAAUGGAAGGAAUGAUGGAUGGCUCUAAAUAUGAGGAAAUUCUUGAGGGAAAGCUGUUUCAGUCUUCCAUAGAUUUUAGACUGGGACAGAGGUUCACCUAGCAGCAGAACAAUGACCCUAAGCAUACUGCUAAAGCAACACUUGAGUGGUUUAAGUGGAAACAUUUAAAUGUCUUGGAAUGGCUUAGUCAAAGCCCAGACCUUAAUCCAAAUGAAAAUCUGUGAUAUGACUUAAAGAUUUCUGUACACCAGCGGAACCCAUCUAACUUGAAGGAGCUGGAGCAGUUUUGCCUUGAAGAAUGGGCAAAAAUCCCAGUGGCUAGAUGUGCCAAGCUUAUAGAGACAUACCCCAAGAGACUGGUGGCUCUACCAAAUUAUUGACUUUGGGGUGGGGGGGUGAACAGUUAUGCACGCUCAAUUUUUCUGUUUUUUUGUCUUAUUUCUUGUUUGUUUCACAGUAAAACAUAUUUUGCAUUUUCAGAGUGGUAGGCAUAUUGUAUAAAUCAAAUGAUACAAGCCCCCCCAAAAAAUCUAUUUUAAUUCCAGGUAGUAAGGCAACAAAAUAGGAAACAUGCCAAGAGGGGGUGAAUACUUUCGCAAGCCACUGUAAAUACAAGCCCUGGAAUGAGAAGCUGUUUGCAAACUUUUGACUGGUGCUGUAUAUCAAAUGUGGAAUAAAUUAAAUUGUUUCAAUGGA